GCCUUUUAGUGUUGUCCCUCCAUGGACAACACGUACCGACUUCUUCGUAUACCAUUAUACUGGAAGGAUGCUGUAGCUGGAAUAAACAUGACUAUUCUAUCCAAUUAAAGAUUCCAGCUGCACGCUAGCACAAAUGUAUUUCUGUAACGUUUCGUCCAACUUCCUCAAACAAGCAGUACAGCAGUAGUAAGCGUUGUCUAUUGAUACCGGUAUCAUGCUUUUAUUAUUUUUAUGCACUACCCGGAGGAAGCUUGUGGUUUACCAUUAGAUCGUUUCGACCUUUAUUCCUCUCCUGGAUUUUGAAUAAGUAUAAAAAUAUAGGUCUGAUGAAGUGAACAGAUGAAUAACCUGUGCAAACUUUUAUGCAUUUAGUCAAUUGAGAUUUGCAUAUGGCUGUAUGGGCAUAUUUGGCAAUGCAGAACUAUUUAUGUGAUAAUAAUUAUCAUAGAUUUAUUUGCAUACCAGAAUGUUAUUUCAUUUAAAUCUUCAACUCUUGGAAUACACUUGAAAUUUCAAAUAUGCAAAAGACACCUGUACAAGCUGGACUUUCAAUUCCAGCUGGUCAUAUCAUGGUUAAUAACAGAUGGAGAAAUACUGAUUUGCUUAAACUUCUACAAAGCAAAGUUAGUGUGUUAUUUAUGGACUCUACUGAAAGUGUGAUAGACUUUUAUCCUUCCAGUCAUAGCGGGAUUAUAUAUUUGACUGAAAGUGACAUAUUAUCAGUUAGUGAUGCUAAACGGCGAGUUGCGAAAUUAAGGAAAUCAAGACAGAUAGCAUUUCACAGGGUGCUAUUUUCAAAAACUGCCAUGACACAACAAUAUUUUGCACAAUUUCAAAAAAUGGUUGUUAUUGACUGUGGUAUGGAAAUAUUUCCUUUGAUGAAUCACAGAGAAGCUGGUGAUCUUAUAAUCAGAAUGAUUCAUCAAGAUAUUCGAACACCUUCAAGAAAUCCUUUCAAGUCCAGAGGAAUUGUCCAAUCUUCGCCAAUAGACUCAGCAAUUUUGCAAUUAGUAAUACUUUUUCCAAAAAUUGGAGAAACAAAAGCAAAGGCUUUGCUGGAAAAAUUCAAAAACAUUAAUGCGAUAACGAAGGCAUCAACUGAAGAACUUAGUUCAGUAGUUGGGUCUUCAUCUGCCCAACAUUUGAGAAAAUUUUUUGAAACUUAACAAAGUCGUAUUUUUUAAACCUAGAACACUUUUCUGACUCUGAGAUGUGGAAGAUAAAAGCAUUUGUUUAUGUCACUCACAAGUAUGCAAAAUAUGCCUCAAUGGGAUGCGUGUUUACCACUGUUUCAGCAUGUGUUCAGACAAGUCCUACCUCAAUAUAUUUGAAUAGUGAAGCUCAAGCUUGGUGAUCUUCUCCAAUUUCGGAUUGCCUCAAAUAAUUUGAGUUUAUCAAAUGUAUAUAUUUAUCUUUGACCUCAUUCAUUCUCUGAAGAAGUGUCCUACUUAUUUCUUUAUGAAAGACUAGCUUGAAAAUCUUUGAGUUGAUACAUUUUUUGUCAGAUUUUGUCAAUUUCUUCAUAUCUAUGUGAAAUGGCUGAUCUCCUACUGGCCAUUUAUAUAAUCAUUUUGCAAUUUUUUUCUUUCGAAUAUUUUAAUUUUUAGUCAGUAAAAGAAUAAAAACAAGUAUGAGACAUUCUCAUGAUCUGGAGGAUGUCUUUGAUUGUACUUCAGUAGUUAACAAAAGUAAAUCCUAUCUACUUAAAUCUGCAACAUUGUUGAGUAGUGAUACUGAGCUAUCGAGAGAACUGUCUCAUUGUUUACUGGAUAGUACUACUGGACUGUCCAAUUCUGUUUUCCAUAACUGUUGUCGAAAAUGUGGGGUAGUACAAACUGCGACAAACAGAACUUUUAGGCUAAAACCAAAGCAGAAAUGUGGCAAAAACAUUCAAAAAGCAUUGAAAAGUCAAAAACGAUACAUGUCGCAAUCUAAAAGGACCAAGAAAACUUUGAGAAAAUUUGUUCAAUCGAGAGCCAAAUUUAUUAUGAAAUGUAAAAACUGUGGAUUUUAUGACAAAAUUACUUCAUGCAACAGAAGUGAGAUUUGUGCUAUAAAAAAGGAACGACAGAAAAAUUCAAGAUGCAAUGCCAAAAAAAGUUAGUCUUAUACCAUGCUUUUAUUAAUAUAAUAUGAGCAAUUAUUUCUGUUCUAUAUUGAAUAUUUUUACUGUGAUUUUGUGACAGUUAUGGGUAAUAUUGUCUCUUCGUUAAACAAAACAUACAAUCAAUAAACUUUGUAUUUUAUUAAUAAGUAACAAUAAUUGAUACAUCCAAUAUCCCCAUCAUUUGUGUCUCUUUCUGAAGAUGUACACCGUUUUUGAGAAAAGAUGAAAUGUUUUUAGUAAAAUAAUUGUUGGCAUAAUCGAUUCAAGAUUGCAUAAAAUAUGCAAAUGGUAUCUGAUUCAAUCUCAUGAAAUUUAUGCAGUGUUAUUUGAGGGUGGUAAAAAUUUGUUAGUCAUUGUAUUAGAGGCAUGGAAUUGCAUAUAAAUUGAUACAACUAGUAUCAAAAAUGUUUUAAUUACAAAUACCGGUAGUUAUUAUCCAUUUUUUCACUUCCAACUUAUACCUAUUAUGUCGUCACAGUAGGAAGGUAAAACCUACAUUUUUAAAUUAUUGAUUCAUGGUUUAAAAUUGUUAGAUACGGAUUCUCCCGCAUCACUGAAAAAUACACCUACAUCCAAACGUUCAAGUAUUGAGAGUUUCAUCAAUACCUCUUUCAACGAAGAAAGAAAAUCAAGUCCAUUUAUGAAUCCUAGAAACAAGAAAAAACGUUUAUCACAGUUGUCUCAACUUCUUGCCAAUGAAGCUUCACAAUCUCCGUCAUCAAGUCUUUCUGAUUUUUUGCAAAGCUUAUAGCAGAAAUCAAACAAUUGCAACUAUUCCCAUUUGAUUUACACCACCCUAUUACAAUCACUAAGGAUGUAAGGCUAUCGAUCAUGAUACUAUUUUCAAUAUUGUACCAUUUUAGUAUAACAAUUUUUUGUAGAAAUUUAUUUCUUGAAAUAAAUUUUGAAGACAACUUCGGAGCUCAUGUUGAGAUAUCUUCAUAUUUAUGGUCUAGGCAAACAGUGUUACUGUAUUUUAUUAUUUUGCAAUUGUUUCAUUUAUGAAACUAUGCUUCAAAUUAUUCAAUAU